UUCAUAUUAUUAAUUAUUUCAUUGCUUAUUGAUCAAUCAAACAGUGAUGACUUCAUCAUUUCCAAGUUCGAAGUACAUCUGGAAGAUCGAGAACUUUUCUAGCUUGAAGAGUGAUAGACAUUACUCUGAUGUGUUCACUGCAUUUGGUCUUAAGUGGCAAUUGAGUAUCGAUCCGAAAGGAACUCACGUAACUUACACAUCAAAUAAAGGACGCAUAACGCUGAAUGGAACUCACUUAGUGAUAUUCCUUUCUUGUGAAGAGGCUGCUGGAUCGUGGUACACUCAUUGUAAUUUCGCCAUUAUCGAUCAACAAGAUAGAGCGCAAACAAGAAAUUAUGAUGGAGAAGGCGAAUGCGGUACGUAUGGUUGUAGAGCGAUGCUUCUGGCAGAGCUAUUGGACCCCAAGAAAGGAUUUGUCAUGCUUGAUACUUGUUUCAUCAAAGUCGAAAUCCUGUCCGCUAUCAAAAUUAUAAAGUCUAUUACAGAAAAGGCAUCCCCUGCUAAGGAAGAACAACUCCGUCCACUGGAAACAGACCCAGUUCCGUGAAAAGAAAGAACCUCAAAGAAGAUGAAAACACACAUAACAUAUACGCAAAGAUGCAUUUUGAGUUUUAAUGCACGUAGAUUUGACUAUCUGGAAAAUAAAUCCGUACAAGUACUCGUUAAAUCCGUAUAAAGAAUCUGGAAAAUAAAUCCGUAUAAGCAGGUAGGUUCCGCUAUGAAUUGCUUGGUCAUGUUGUGCGAUUUGAUACGCCUCUGUGGUCCCAUGUCCCAUUUUCGUGACCACCGUUAUCAAAGCCAAGACUUUUGAGGGAAAAAACUCUACGAGUGACCCUCCACCUUUUUCCACGUUUUUAAGGUUUAUAUUUAUGAGAAUUCUUAUUGCUUUGAAUUUGAUAUCAUAAGCUCAAUCCAUGUGGUAUCACAUUGAACAAAAAAUGGAAAGAAAAAAAAAAUGAGCCAGA